AUGUCCGCCCAGGUUCACGUGGACGAUGCCGUGGCAGAAGAGGAACGUGGCGAGAAAGUAGUUCUCACAGAAAUGAUCCUAGUGCCUGUCGACCGUUAUCCCAGAGCUGUUCGACGUUGUAUACCAGGAUACAAUUUCGUCGGUCGCAUCCUGGGCCCUCGCGGCAUGACAGCAAAGCAGCUGGAGGAAGACACAGGAUGCAAGAUCAUGGUGCGCGGUCGUGGCUCCAGCCGCAUGAGCGGCACCAGGCGUGAGCGCAGCAAUGACACGGAGCCUCUUCAUGUGCUGAUUCAAUGCGAAGACUAUGAGAAGAAGGCUCACCAGAAGAUGAGAAAUGCGGUCGAAGCGAUCAAUCAGCUCCUUCACCCUCCCCCAGAAGGUAAAGAUGAAUUGAAGCGUAAGCAGCUCAUUGAGCUCUCUAUCAUCAACGGAACAUAUCGCCCAACCUCUGCCACCAAAGUCGCUCUUCGUAAGUUCUUUUCUAUCUCAUUGCGGGGUUUCUUGAACGUUCCGGCUUUCGAACUUCAGAGGCUCCACCGUCCGGCUUCAGCGGCUCAUCUCCCAUCCAUGAUGGAAAACUCGACCUAUACAGAACAAGCCCGCUUGCUUUCCCAAUUCGCUGAAGCUGCUAAGCACGGUAAAACGAAUGAAAUCGAAGAACAGUACGCAGCGCUCGCGCAGAUGCUUGGGACCCUCAAUCCUGUACAAGCAAGCAACGUCAACUGCAAUUACUACGACUACUACAAAAAUCUUCUCUCGUGCACACUAGCUGAUCCAGGAUUUCUAUCCACCCUGAUGCAAUCACUCGAUCUCUAUGGUAUGGGCAAUCGCCCAGCAAUGCAUCCCGGUGGUCAGCAUCAUCAUCACAUGCUGGGCCAGUCAGUGUCCUCUCCUGGCCAGAUUCCUCAAGCCAAUCUUCACCAGUAUCUCACAGCAGCUGCAAUGCUCAACUCUGCUCCGUUCUCGAACGACGGCUCCGGAGACGGGCCCAAGAACAAAAUUCGCAACUCAGCCUAG